AUGCAGAAAAACAGUAAACGGGACUUUGGGUCAUUCCAUGCUUCCAAUGUUCAGGAGCUGUUAGGUCUCCCAGAGGCAGAGUACCAGCCUCCUGCUUUCCCGAUCCCUGUUCCAAGAUUCACAGACUGUCAGUUGGAAACUGGACACUCCUGCCGUCGCAAACAUUUCCUUCUAGAGGAAGACUGUACAUUUAUCAACCAUGGUGCCUUUGGUGGUGUGCUCCGUGAGGCAAUGAAAUCUGCUCAGGAGUGGCAAAUGUAUGUGGAGAGACAGCCACUGAGGUUUUAUGACAGGGAACUACUGCCUCAUUUAGUGUAUGUUACCAGAAGACUGGCAAAGUUUGUCUGUUGUGAUCCAACUGAUCUCGUGUUGAUGAUCAAUGUUACCACUGCCAUUAAUUCUGUUGUGAGGGGCCUUGACCUACAGAAAGGUGACAUCAUCUACAUGUUGAAUGUAACAUAUGGAGCUGUAAAAAAGCUAUUGCAGUUUGUGUGUGAAAGUACUGGAGCUGUGCUUCAAGAAGUACAGCUUAACUUCCCAGUCACUAGUAAAGACCAGGUGAUUUCCAUGGUGGAGAAAACCUUAAGUUCAGGAGUGAGAUUGGCAGUAUUUGACCACAUACCCAGUAAUGCUCCAGUGAUUCUGCCUUUGAAGGAGAUAAUCAGUAUUUGUAAAGAAAGAGGUGUUCCAGUACUGGUAGAUGGAGCCCAUGCAUUGGGUGCUCUUCCUUUGGAUCUAAGGGCUCUAGACCCUGAUUACUAUGUUAGCAAUGCCCAUAAGUGGUUUUGUUGCCCUAAAGGGUCUGCAUUCCUGUAUGUAAGGAAGGAACUGAAGGCCCAGACCAGGCCACUUGUCAUCUCCCAUGGCUUUGGCUCUGGCUUCAACUCUGAAUUUAUGUGGGCAGGUCUUCAUGACUACAGUCCAUUUCUAGCCAUGCAUGUGAACAUGAACUUCUGGGAGGACAUCGGAAACAAAAAGAUACAACAGUAUAUGUAUACUCUGUGCAGGGAAUCGUGUGAUUUGUUAACAUCACUCUGGCACACAAAGCUGGCAGCUCCUAUGGAAAUGUUUGGUUGUAUGGCUCUAGUGGAGCUUCCUCGCCAACUGUACCAUUCCAAUACAGCAGCAACAUACAGUACUGGAGAGGCCAUUCAGAACCAACUCUACCAUCAGUACAAUAUAGAGGUUCCUGUAAAAUGCAUUCAAGGCACCCUUUAUAUUCGAUUAUCAUGUCAUAUCUACAAUGAACUGGCCGAGUAUGAGAAACUGGGAAAAUGUGUUUUAGAAAUGUGUGCAAUGAAGAAGUUAUGCUCAGAGGGUUCAGAGACCAUAGGUAAUAUUCACAGUCAAGAUGAAUCUUGUACAGCAUGAAAGCUCAGACUUAAUGAAAAUAAA